UUUUGAAGGAAGGAUCUGUGUCGCUUGGAAGAAUUUUUAAAAUCAUUUUUAAAUCAGCAAUCAUGGAUUCCCCUUACUUUUUUGCAAUAGAAGAGGAGAAUUGGAUGUCUUACAGGGAGGAUGUGUGGCGCUUGGAAGAAUUUUUGAAAUCAUUUUUAAAUUAGCAAUCAUGGAUUUCCCUUACUUUUUUGCAGUAGAAGAGAAUUCAAGGACAAAAGAAGUCCUUUUCAACAUCAAGAAGUUUGACAAUACAGGAAUCGAUCAACAAUCAAACACAAAAGUGAUGUCAAAUAUAUGUGAAAGUGUUUUACAAAAAUCAAAUUAAAUAUAUUUACUAUGGCGGGACAUGAAAAUUCUUGCCAAUUGUAAAAUUUCAAUGUAUGCUUCAAUUUUGAUUUUUGUUUGUGGAAAUUGAAAAGGAAAAAGAAGAAGAAGAAGAAAUGUGAAAUCUUUUGUUUGUUACAAUGGUUCGGAAAGUUUCGCGUGAUAAAUCACACGUACAAGCUGAUGAUCCAUUAAUUAUUGUCGUUGGAUUUUAACGAUUAUGACGGAAUAUUUGGAUCAACAUUUAAUUCGGGCUCUCUGCCGUGAUCCAGAUCGAAGAACACUUCAGGAUUUACAGAUCAUUUAUUACGGUUUGCUGGGACUGGAGGCGUUACGACCCUGUAGGGAUUCCGUUCUUCGUGGUCUUUGCAAAAUAGUUCGUUACGAGAGACAUCAUGCCAAUCAUGUUCUUUACUACACUGGCGAACUUGCAACCAACUGGUACAUUCUUCUCUCUGGUUCCGUGUUCAUCGAUGGUUCCAUGUUUCUACCCCGCUCAAGUUUUGGAAAACGGACAGGUGGCAGUGCAAGAAGACCCAAUGAAUGUUUCGUUCUGGAGCCCUCCGAGAUGAUAGUGAUUGACUAUCCGGAGGUUCACACUGGAAGGAUGCAUCGACCUCCACAUCCUCAUCCGAUUACGGAUCAUCGACAGGUCAAUCUCGUCUUCGAUGAAACGUUUUCGCAGGGCCUGACAGGCAGGCCGGAACUGUAUCAAAAAUCAAACAGAAGUAGUCACUCGAGUGACACAAGUUCGGCGUACAGUGGAUCUGAUACAAUGACGUCCGUACAAAGUUCCUUGGACGCCGAUCCCGACGAAGUGGAUCUUUCUGGCUUAGUUGAGUCGAUAGUUGACUCUGAUGAGGAGGAAGAUCUUGCCGAAAGCAUGGAUAGUUUGACUGUGCGUGAUACAGUUCGUGAAUGCCUGGAAAAAGAUCCUCAGGAACGUUCGGAAGAUGAUAUAGAAAUUCUCCUUGAAUUCACACAACAUUUAAAAGCAUUUACAAAUAUGACACUUGCAGUAAGAAGGGCUUUAUGUGCUGUGAUGGUAUUUGCUGUUGUUGAAAGAGCUGGAAUGGUUGUUUUAGCUGACGGUGAAGAUCUUGAUAGUUGGAGUGUAUUAAUUAAUGGAGCCGUUGAAAUUGAACACAGUAAUGGAGAAAUUGAACAACUUCAUCUUGGUGAUAGUUUUGGUACAUUGCCAACAAUGGAUAAAUUAAAACAUCGUGGUGUUAUGAGAACAAAAUGCGAUGAUUGUCAAUUUGUUUGUAUAACGCAAGCUGAUUAUUUUCGUAUUCAACAUCAAGGCGAGGAGAAUACACGACGACAUGAGGAAAAUGGAAGAGUUGUACUUGUCACUGAAUUGAGAGGUGCAUUGGACGGUGCAUCGCGUCGUGGCUAUGUUGUAAUUCGUGGUACACCGGAAAGAUUAAUGAUGCAACUCAUUGAGGAAAACAGUAUUACAGAUCCGAAUUAUGUUGAAGAUUUUCUCUUAACACAUCGUACAUUUAUCAACAGUCCACUUCUAGUCGCAAAUCAAUUAUUAGAAUGGUUUGAACAACCACAAGUUCGUGAUUGUGUUGCACGGGUUGUUCUUCUUUGGGUGAAUAAUCAUUUUACGGAUUUUGAAACAGAUCCGGCGAUGAUGGAAUUUCUUGAGGCGUUUGAAACUGGUCUUGAGAGAGAAAAAAUGCAGGGUCAACAGAGAUUAUUGAAUAUUGCAUGUGCGGCUAAGGCGAGAACGCGAAAUGUCACAUUGGCAAGGCCAAGUCGAGAUGAGGUGCUUCAUUUUAGUAUAUUGGGUGGAUAUGAACGUGGUUUUGGUAUUUUUAUUUCGAAAGUUGAUAAAAAAUCAAAAGCCGAGGAUGUUGGUUUAAAACGUGGUGAUCAAAUAUUAGAAGUUAAUGGACAAAGUUUUGAGCAUGUUAAUCAUGCGCGAGCAUUGGAAAUUUUACGUGGAUCAACGCAUCUUAGCAUCACUGUGAAAUCUAAUUUAUUAGCGUUUAAGGAAAUGUUACAAAUGCCGGAUAAUUCGCCAAGACCACGAGGUAGAGCAAAUAAGCCAGAGAUACCGAGACUGCCAACAGAUCCACGUGCAAGACUUUCAACACACGUUGAUCCCAUCACGCCUGUUAAUCCACUUAAUCCAUUGGUGGGUGGUGUUCCUCUUUUGCUGCCCGACAGUAAUGUGUCACCAUGUAAGGAUACAAAAAAAGAGCACAAGGGUUUUAUGACACUUGGACCCAAGAGACGAUUACAGAAAGCUUUAAUGAAAAUGAAUAUUUUGCCAAAGAAUACAAUCAACGAUGGCAUUCACGUGGACGAUCCAUUGGGACCACCGCACACACCACCAGGUACAGGUCUCACGCAAACGACAACAAAUCUUUAUCACUCGAGAAGCAAUCCUGAUCUCACGUCACUUUAUUGCUAUGAUGAUCUUCGAGCUCCUGAAUAUCCGGAGCAUGUUCUCAAAGUUUAUAAAGCUGAUCAGACAUGCAAAUAUCUUUUGGUUCACAAGGAAACAACAGCUCACGAGGUUGUGAUGUUGGCACUACAGGAAUUCGGAAUAACUGAAAGUAGUUCGAAUUUUUCAUUAGCGGAAGUGAGUGUCGGCGAGGGGGGAAUGAUUAAACAACGUCGACUACCGGAUCAAUUGCAAAAUCUCGCUGAACGAAUUGGUCUUAGUUCGCGAUAUUAUUUGAAAACAAAUGGUAUAUCGGAAACUCUUGUUGCCGACGAUCAGGCGCCAGAACUCAUUCGAGAGUCUCAGGUUCAUUUUCUUCAAUUGAACGCAGUCGAAGUUGCGAUUCAACUUACUUUGCAAGAUUUUAGUAUAUUCAGACAAAUUGAAUCCACGGAAUAUGUGGACGAUCUUUUCGAAUUAAAAAGUAGGUACGGAAUUCCUAUGCUCAGCCAAUUUGCAGAACUAGUCAAUAGAGAAAUGUUCUGGGUUGUCACGGAAGUUUGCUCUGAGCAUAAUUUGGUUAGGCGUAGCAAAAUUAUUAAACAAUUCAUCAAAAUUGCACGUCAAUGCAAAGAGUGUAAAAAUUUCAAUUCAAUGUUCGCAAUUGUAUCUGGUUUAGGCCACGGUGCAGUAUCUAGGUUAAGAGCAUCCUGGGAAAAAUUGCCCAGCAAAUAUCAAAGACUGUUUAGUGAUUUGCAAGAGCUCAUGGAUCCAAGUCGAAAUAUGAGCAAAUAUCGACAACUCGUGGCCUCUGAACAAACACAACCGCCAAUCAUUCCGUUUUAUCCGGUGGUUAAAAAAGACUUGACCUUCAUACAUUUGGGCAAUGAUUCGAGGGUGGAAAAUCUCGUUAAUUUCGAAAAACUACGAAUGAUCGCCAAGGAGGUGAGGACCUUGACGAAUAUGUGCUCGUCGCCUUACGAUCUUUUGACAAUGUUGGAAAGAGGCGGACAGCCGCCAAGUUCAGCGAUGGUUGCUUUAAAUCAAAUGACAACGGGAAAUCAAGGUGGGCAAACGGCAACGGUGAAAAGACGGAAAAAAUCGACAGCAGUACCAAAUCAAAAGAAAAUGUUUGAAGAGGCACAAAUGGUGAGACGAGUGAAGGCUUAUUUGGCUAAUAUGAAAGUAAUCACGGACGAGGAAAAAUUGCAUGCACUAUCGACGGAUUGUGAACCACAUGCGGGUGCAGUUGCAAUUGCUGCUGCGGUACCACUCGCCGGAAGUAGAGGACGACGACAUCCUUCACCAACGUUGUCGACAACCAGCAGCGCCAGUAGUACCAGUGAGGGCAGAAAGAGCAUACAAGGUACAAAAUUUGGAGCGGCAUCACCGCAAGCUGUGAGAAAAAUGCUCGCACUUUCGGAUCCGCACAAAACGCGACCUUAUCAACCGAAACAUUGUCCACCGCCACUUCCUGUACCGGGAUUGGCGAUUCACACUAGUGGCUUGGAACCAAGUCCUGGAGCGCCACGACGUGUUGGUUCUGGAAAUCGUGUUCCCAUGCAUGAAAGAUCACACAGCGACACACCCUCGGGACUUCCGCCACCUGUGGAUCUUAGCGCCGAGAGUAGUAGCGUUACGAGUCUCAGCAAUCUUCAACCAUUGAGAAAAACGCUUACUAGUGGUUCGGUGACAAGCAGUGACAGCGGUCAUAGUACACAGCUGGACAGCCACAGUGGAAGCAGCGUCGAGGCCGGUGGAAGUCCACCUCCACCACAGAGACGACACUCCGCCUUGCAAGGAUCGGUUUUGAGAGGUGGAAUACUACCCCCUUACCCCCAUGCCGUAGCAGUGUUACCUCCACUUCCUGUCAAUCAAAAUCAGAAUCACAAUCAUCAAUACCAUCAUCUUCAUCAACAUUAUCAUCAUCAGCAGCAAAUCUCGCCUCCUCAAGGUUCAACAGGAGUAGCAGUCAAUUUGGGAUUAAGUAUGCCGCCACCUUUGCCACUUGGUGCAUUAUCAGCGGGGAUGCGUCCUGUUGUUAGCGCAGUUCAAUGUCGUCAACCACCGCAAUAUAAAGCCGCAGCACAGAUGGCAAGGCUUUACAGGCUCGGUCGUGCUCACAGUCAUGAAGGUGUCACCUACCGGAAUGAUCACGAAGAUGAUGACGAAGAUGCACAGGUGUCGGCGGUUUAGAAACACAAAACAAAAAAAAUGUCAAUCGACGGCGUGUUCCAGUCGAAUGCUUUAGUUAAUUUUUCUCCAACCCCGCAUCCAAUUCUUCUUCGCUUAUUUUUCAUUAAAUUAGCGACAAUUAAUUUGAGGAAGUAUAUACACAGGAAGUGCUUCCUUUUAGCUGCAUCUUAAUUAUUAUUGUCGAAUAAAAUGAAACAAUACCGUCAGUAUGAAAAAGAAAAAAAAAAAAAAUAAUAAUGAACGUUCCCUGAAAAGAACGUGUAUCAAAAAGAGACGCGAUCGAUCCAUUUCACGAAUUCUGAUUUGAAAUUUUAAAUUAAUUUUUCAAUUUUAUGUUUCUAUAAUGAAACUUGUUUGAUUAUUCAGGAUUAAUGAUAUGGAUAGGCUCUUAUUUAAAUAUAAAGAAAUGAAAGGAUGUUUGAUAUUAUUAAAAAUGAUUUAUUUAAACAAAUUAACUUUUAAAUAAACAUUCUUUUUUUUUGUGUGUUUGUCGAAAAAUAUUUUUCGAUUAAACACGAUCGCGUGUUAUUUAUAUAUACAUAAAUAUAUAUAUACAUAUAUAUAUAUAAAUGUGUAAUAAAUCGAGCCCAAAGAUGUUAAAUAUCGUUUUAUCGCUGAGUAACGAGACGGCGUAUGUAUUAUAUAUUUUUUAGGUCUGUUCUUUAAAAAGAAAAAAACUCCGUAGCAUGUAAGUUGGUGUAAAUAGCGUAUAGUACCUAUUUAGUUUUUAGCAAAGAGAGAAAGACAAGGGAAAAAGAACAGGGAACAAUAUGAACAACUUUAGUAACUAUUUAAACGCAAUUUUUUCUUCUUGAAAAAUAAACACAUUUAUAAAAAAGCAGGAAAUAAAUAAAAAAAAAAAAAAAUAAUAAUCAUUCCUACGUUUAAAUAAAAAUUUGUGUUUAUAAAUGUGUUUCUUUUUUAAGAAAAGAAAAACUCAUUCUCAAUUUAAUGAGAACAGAAAAAAUAAAGUCAAGAGAUUAGAGUUUUUUGAGACACGAAGGAAAUGGCUCGAUUUUCAUUCUUUUUCCCUGAAAUUAAAAAAAAAUCUUUUCAACGAAACCUUUGUUUUUUUUUUUUUGGGGUGAGAUUGAACUUUUUGAAAAGAGGGCCUAACCUUUUAAGACGUCUCACAGAAUUUUUGAUUCUGUUUAAUUUAUUUUUUAUUAUUAUAUUAUUUUUCAAGAAUCGAGCCAGCGAUUCCUUCGCUGUUAAUAAUCGUAAUUCUUGUAUUAAUUGUAUCUCAUUGUACAUAUCGUAAUAAGUUUUAAAAGAAAAAACUCGAACCCAAAUGUUCUCGAUGAAACCCCCCCCCCUCCCUCCCUCCCCCGAAGAUUAAAAAAUAUAUAUAAUUCCACUUCUCUUUUAUUUAGAGUAUUUUAAGAGUGCGCUUUUUUAAUUAUAGAAAAGAAAGUGAACUUGUUUAUAUAGAAUCAAUUUGUCUUUCCAAUUCUCAUUUUCCUGUCUGUCUCUUUUCCCUUUUUUAAAAAAAAAUAAUAAUAAAACGUCGCGCAUUAUGUCCUCGACUUCAUUCCAAAAAAAAUGCAUUUCGCGAUUUUCAAUCGUCUUCCGCUCGCUCGAUUUAUUUUUUCUUGGAAUAAUAUUCGCGAGGUGAUACAAAAAAAAAAAAUAUAUAUAUAUUUAUUGCUUUUAUAGAAAGCCCCCCCCAUUCAGAAAAAAAGUUUGUUUUGAAGAAAUUGAAAAUCCGUUUAAAUUCUUUUAUUAAAAAUGAAAAAAAAAAAAAAAUUAUUGGAAAUUUGUUGAGUUGACAUUUUACGUUUAAAUUUUUAAUUUAGUUCGAAAAAUUUUUUUUUUUCGUACAAUAUUUUUUAAUGUAUAAAUUAAAAAUUAUGCCACAAACAUCGUAUUUGAUUGGAAAUAAAAUUUUUGCUCGUAGAUCGAGUAAGUUAGGGAGUGCAAUUGACUGAGAAUUUUGUAAAAAGUAAUAGGAAAUAGUCGAAAAAGUAAAAUAAAAUGAAAAAAAAAAGUUGGUAUAGUUCGACGAUGAGUUUUACGAUUAUAUGCGACUUUAUAAUUAUAUAUAUAUAUAUAUAUAUUAUAUAUAUAUAUGUUUUUUGGAAGUUCGAGUUUAGUUUUUAGCGACACUGAGUACAAGUUGUAUACGGAAAAACACCAGAGACAGAAAACUUAGAACUCUUCCGCACAUCUUGCACAAUCGUGGAAUUUUAUUUUAUUUAUAAACUGCCUCUGUUGUUUGUAAUUAUUUAUAUUACGCGAAAAAAAGAAACUUCAAGCGAGAGAGAUAUACCUUUUGUAUUUAAUUUGUUUAAUAAAAAAAAAAAAAUCGAAUCAUAGUACAAAAUUUGUUCUUUUUCGUUUUAUUUUCUUUGCAGAAAAAAACCUUUUUAAAAUUCUAAAAUAGAAUUUUUUUUUUUUAAUGUUUUAGGAAGAGUUUUAAAAUUUGUAUAAUGGUGAAAUGAUUUUUGGUCUUGUUUAAAUAUUUUUAUAAAUUUAUUAUAAGAAAAAUGGAAAGAAAUGAUAAUUAUUCCUGUAGAAAAAAUUUUUUUUUUUGAAAAUAUGAAGUGGAACUUAUCUGCGAAAUAAUUUGUCAAAAAAAAAAAAAAAAAAAUGAAAAAAAAAUUACAUCGCUGACUACUCUUUUAUACGAUGCGCUGUUUUUCUAUAUUAUAUCCGUCUUAUUGCGUCAAUAUCUCCGUUUAAUAAAUGGAGAGAAAUAUACAGAGAGAGAGAGACAGAUUCAAAUUUUAGGUGGUCGUGAUAUAUUUAACGAACGCAUAAUUUUACACAUUAAAUUUCCCUUUGUACUCUAUUAAAAAGUUCGACAUCCAUGACAUGCUCGUCUUUAUGACAAAAAUCCUCGUAGAUGUUGUAACAUGUAAAUCUCGAACAAUAUAAACUUUAUUUAAACCAAA